GUAAGGCUGUUGCGUAUAUCUCGGAUGGUAUCUAAUGCUCCGCCUGAGACUCUGAAGCCUCGGUGUUUCUUGUGUCGUCUGUCCGCUUUUGACAAGCCAGUCGUCGGCGAUCUCAUGCGGCCUACUUUCGCUGUAGCUUCGUGCUUCUCAGAGCUGAAUGAAUGAGCUAACGAUCAUCGUCUCGGUUUGCCUUGUACUUAAAGUGAAAGUAAAUAAUGGCUCCUCAACCCGUCAUCCGAUCAAGACAGACAGAAAAAAGCAUAAAUGGAAUCCCAACACAAGUUGUCUGCACAGAAUUCAGCAACUACAUUUUUAUAGUUUUGACACAGUAUGGUAAAAUUGGGACACUUGUGUCCAUAACACCUGACACGAGGUCUGGUGAGAUCAGCCUACCUAUGUUCACUACUAGAGUACUGCUGGGGAAGGAUGAGCCUCUUACACAUGUCUACGCCAAGAAUGUUGCAAUGUUCGUCUCGCAGGAAUCAGGAAACCGACCGGUCCUGUUGGGCCUUUCACUCAAAGACAACAGUGCUGAAACUAUGAAAGACGUUAAAGAUAUGAUCAAAGCCUGCCAAGUUUGGUAAACAGGAGGUCACAUAGCAAAUUCACUAUUUCUGGAUGAGGACAAUUUUUACAACAUAAAUCUUGACUUGUCAGUGAAUUUAUGAAUUUAGACGUACCCAAGACUUGUGCAGAGAAUGGUCUUACAUGCUGUUGCUGUUGCACACUGCUUGAAUUGAAUUUUAAUAUUACACUUAAAGAUUACUGUUCAAGAUCACUUUUUUUGCCUCUGUAUAAUGGAUGUCUUUCAGAUGCCCUAAGAUUAAAGUUAUAUUUUCCUACCUUUAA